UAACAGUCGCCAUUUUGUUGCUGAAGUUGUGAUGUUGGAAAUYAUUUCUUGUUCUUCAGCGAAAGUUCUCUUUUAAAGCGAAUAAAUGGCGGAAAGUGGCGAAGGAGGGGGAACCCAAGAGUCUGGUGGAUAUGAUUAUAAAAGACUUCACAGUUAUCCUCUAAUAAGAUAUUCAGACAUGAAUGAUGAAAUGCGAACSGAAGCAAUGGAGCUUUGUGUCACAGCUUGCGAAAAGUUUUCCAGCAACAAUGARACAGCUGCCAAGAUGAUCAAGGAAAGUAUGGACAAGAAAUUUGGUGCAUCUUGGCAUGCAGUUGUUGGUGAAGGCUUCGGCUUUGAAAUCACUCAUGAAGUCAAAAACCUGUURUACUUGUUCUUYGGUGGUACUAUUGCAGUKUGUGUUUGGAAGUGCUCAUAAUAGAAWAAUUCAAUAAUAUUUUAUGCCAUCUUGUGUUGUGCAAACUCUUWUAACCAUCAUUGUAUUAUUUACUUUAAUUUACAACAUUUUGUCUAUGCAAUGGGUUCCAUUUUAAAAACCUUUUGUGUACAAAGUGUAGUAAAUUCAAGAAAAUUAGACUGAUCCCAAAAGAAGUUUAGUUUGCCUCUCAUUGGACUCCAAUGGUGUAACAACUUCAUAAUAUAAUGUUCAAWAAAUCAUGACUAAUGGAAUCAGUAUCGUAAAUGAUCUUUUUGUGAAAGCUAUGAAAAGGAUGGAGUGUUAAUCAAGAAUGUUAUUUUGGAAAACUUUUAUAUAUUUUUUUUCUUGAAUAGAAAUUACUUUAAUUUUUGACAGCAUAUUUUCAACACAUACAUGUAAAAUGGGUUAUAAUGUCUUGACAAACUUUCUUUUUGGCAUUUAGAGUAAGAGUUUACGUACUAUAUACAGUACAAAUUGUAUAACAAAGAUUGGAUGUUUUUUUUAAUAUUUAUUCUCAAACCUUCAUCAGUAUUUUGUGCCAUAUUGCUAUACAAAAUGAUUAUUACCAUCCAACCUCUAUUCCUGCAAACAGCAAUUUCCUCCUUUCUUAGGAUUGCUAGCCACUGCCCAAAGAAAGAAGGAAAUCACUUCUUGUUGGGUAUCCAAACCGUCCUCUAGAGUGUAAAUAUUGCUGUCAUUUUUCAUGUAAAUAAAAUACUCCAUUGUAGAA